AUGAUACACAUCUGGCCGAAGGGCAGUCUUAUAAAUGUACAAACCCAAGCCGAGAAAGACCCUGCACCUCUUGAUCCAGCAUAUCUCGUCAAGUGGGAUGAGGAGGAUGUAUUGAAUCCCCAAAAUUGGAAUCCCAGGUACAAAUGGUGGGUGACAUUCCAACUGGGCAUGCUUGCGUUGGCGGGUAGUCUGGGAUCAAGUAUCACCACGCCGGCCGAUGACACCAUCGCGAAAUAUACUGGCGUGAGCAGCGAGGUUGCCGUGUUGGAUGUAUCUCUCUAUAUUCUUGGUUUUGUCUUCGGACCUAUCAUCUGGGCUCCUCUUUCAGAAAUCUGGGGCCGGAGAGUCAGCAUACUCCCCGCCGUCUUCUGUCUAGCACUAUUCUCCAUCGGCACUGGGGUAAGCACGAAUACAGCGUCAGUGUUCAUCACGCGCUUUUUCGCGGGCUUUUUCGGCUCUGCUCCGAUUAGCAAUGUCACCGCUGCAUUAGGUGACAUAUGGAGUAAAGAGACACGCGGGACGGCAGUCAGCCUCUAUGCAGUGGCAGUGAAUGGCGGACCGGCGCUAGGGCCAGUGAUCGGGGCAGCGUUGUUGUUGAAUCCUAAUAUGGGCUGGCGCUGGACGGCGUACAUCCACGCCAUCUGGGUCUUUGUUAUUUUCACUUUGACCUUCUUCUGCUUGCCAGAGGUAUAUCCACUAGUUCUCCUCAAGCGUAAAGCACAGCGGCUUCGGAAGGAGACUAAUGACCCGCGGUUCUAUCACCCUCAUGAACAUUUGAAACUCGAUGUCAAAUCCGUUCUCACCAAGCAGCUUGCCCGCCCAUUGAUAAUGCUGUGCACUGAGCCGAUUGUCACCUGUAUUGCCUUUUAUGCUGCCUUUGCCUACGGGGUCAUGUACCUGACUCUUGAGGUAUUUCCAAUUGCGUUCCAACAAUCUCGAGGUUGGAAUCGCCUUGUCGGCUCUUUGCCGUUCCUGGCAUUGCUGAUUGGUGUCAUAUCAUCCGUGGGUCUUAACAUCUGGAACCAACACCGCUAUAACCGGAUAUCCAGGGAAGCAAAUGGGAAAGCAGUGCCCGAGGCGCGACUGAUGCCUAUGGCAUUUGGGGCGGUAUUCUUUGUUGUAGGGCUAUUCUGGUUUGCUUGGACCGCCGAACCACCUCAUCACUGGAUCCUACCAUGUCUGGCAGCUGGCUUUCUAGGCUUUGGAUUCAACUGCAUUUUCCAACAGUGUUUGAAUUUUUUGAUUGAUGUAUAUAAGAUCUAUGCUGCUAGCUCAACGGCGGCUGUUACGUUCCUUCGAAGUUUGCUGGCUGCCGGGCUUCCCUUGGCGGCUAAACCGAUGAUCAAGGCUUUGGGGAUUGGCCCUGCUGUUUCCAUUGUUGGAGCUGUGGCUGCAGUUUUAUUGCCGGUACCCUUCUUGUUUAUGAGAUAUGGCCCAAAACUGAGGGGAUUAUCAAAGCUUGCGCCUGAGGAUUCCUAG